AUGGCUAAAAUUGUAGAAAAAGAAGAAAUUAUUGAUGGUUCGAUCGAUCUGAUUGCAAGUAUGGGGGAAGUUACUAGUAUUCAUUUCAAUUACACCUUACAAAUAGCAACUAUUGCCUUAAAUAAUGGCAACAAUAUUAUUAAAAAACUAAACACGCCACCAAGAGUGCUUCUUAUUUAUGAUGAAAAUCAUAAAAAAUCAUCUAAUAAGCCUGAACAAGAACCUAAUGUAAUUGACAAAGGAAUUAUAGAUGAAUCGUUCUCACAAAACGACGAUGAAUUAAUGCCCGAUAUUCAAGAUAACAAUACUGCAAAAAACAAACAGACUAAAGAUAGUCAGAUAAAUAAAAUGUUUCGAAGUUCUAAACGAAUUAAGAACAAGUAUCAAAAUAAUGAAUGUAUUGAUGAACAAGAUAAUGAAUUUUCUGAUGAGAAUCAGCAAGAAGAAAGUAUCAGUAAUGACCCCGACAAUAACGAGGAAAUGGAUGUAUCGAUGUCAGUUAAUGAUAUCUCUGAACAAGUUCAACCUUUGAAUAAUGAAGAUAAUCAGGACCAAAACUCGGAUAUUGAGCAAGAGGGUUCUAAUAGCAAUGAUAGUGAUUCUCCAGAAAGGAGUGAAAUCGAAAGUUUAAAUAAAUCGAAACGUAAGACACGAUAUUCAAUGAGGUUUCAAAAAAAUGGGUCCUCGUAUAACAUUAAUAACCAAGAUUCAGAUAUUGAGCGGGAGAGUCAUAAUAGAAAUGAAGGUGAUUCCUCAGAAAAGGGUGAAAUCGUAAAGACACGAUAUUCAAAAAGACUUCAAAAAAAAAGGAGAUUGAAUCAUGAGAAUGACCGAAAUACAAAGAAAAAGAAACCAAAAAUUUCAUCUAAUUUUGGUAAAGAAAAAUAUGUAAAAGAUGUUGAUAAAUCAUUUCCAACUGUUAUGAUAGAAGAGAAUGAGAAUGAUCACCAAAUUCAUGAAAUAGGUGAAGGUGCAACUGAAAUUAAUAGUGAUCGCAUUCAUGAAAUAAAUGAAGAUGCUUCAGAAAUCCAGUUGGAGAUUAAUAGUGAGCGAGUUCAUGAAAUAGAAGAUGAUCAAGAAAUCGAAGCUCAGGAAUCAUCGCGUAGUAAUUCUAAAGAUAUUGAAGCAGAUGAAAGCUCAAUUUCUCUGCAAUCUGCAAAUUCAAUUGAUCGUGAAGACGAUAUUCUAAAUGAAUAUAUUCAACCUUCACAAAAAAAGAAAAAUAACUACACCAAUAUCCUAAUUAAAGGAGAUCCAGUGCCAAUAAAAAUUCACAGUGAUAUGUCGAGAAUUGAGGUUUUUAAUGAAAUAUUAAUUAACGAAUGGAAUAAAUUUUCGAGUUCCUUACCUACCACAACUAACGAAUUCGAAGAGGAAAAUGAAGAUAUUAAAAGUCAAAUAAGAAAUGUAUGGAGGAAAAUUUCUCAUAAUGAAACCGGCUAUAGCAAUUCAAGGGUUAAAUAUAUCCAUUCUCUUUGUGAGCUUGCAUGUAUUUUAUGUGAGGUGACAAUAAAAGUAAAAAAACUAAAAAAAGAUAACCAGUUUUCGGUCCCCAGCCUUAUAACUGUGUUUGAUCAAGAGACGGGAAAAGAGAAACAAGCAGUAAACCCGGAAGCAAACCCUUGGAACCGCCGAUUUGCAAAAGGCGAAGUAGUUGCAAGUCGCGUAUAUAAGAUUAUGGAAGCAGAAGCAUCUAUUAUUUACCCUAAGGGUAAUUCAACAAGAAUAAGUGAUAUGAUGAUUUCUGCCCGACGCUUAUUAAUACUUGUUCAAAGGCUGGGCUGGAAGGUAAUUCACAAUAGUGAGACCAUUGACCCUCCUAGACUUAGGAAGGUGACAAAUUUUGAAUGGAUUAAACUUAUUGAAAAAAUUGAAAAAUGUCAACCCGUAGAUAGUGUAAAUUCUUACAUGUUAUCUGAUUUAAGUUUAAAAGAACUAGAAGAAAAGUUCUAG